AUUCUCGAACCAGUAGGGAAGCAAAGCAUUUUUUUUUAUUAGCUGCUCUCCAUUCCGUAGAGUUUCGUCGGUCAAGUAGCUGCAGUUGAGCCUCUUUCCCUGCGAGAUGAGGCCAGUCCCUGCAGAGCCUUAUAUUUAGCCCGUAAUCGUAUCGCACCUCGUGCUUCCUUGCUGUUCUCGCCAACCCUUCCCUGGACCCCUAACUCCGGCAAAGUCACGAUUCACAGCAGGUGUUAGAUUGCGAGAUGGAGCGGACCAAAUACACCGUUCAACAAGGUGCUAUCGAGUCUGGAACGGUUGACGAGGAUGCCGAGUCUCACCAGCAGACUGCAGACUUAGGUGCGGGUAAAAAAGGGCAUUCCAGCCAUGGGAGUACCUCGCCUCAACCUUUGGGCAAGCCACAGCCCUACAGCCACCAUGAUCAAACCCACCCAGGGCUCCAACGGGAAGAACACGGCGCCUUUCCGCAGGGGCAGAUUACAACCCCGCCGGCCCAGCAAGCUUCCCAAACUCGCCUUUUCAACCAGACAGGCUCCCCGUCUAGUCAUUUGGGCGCCCGAUUUGAUCGGGUAGUGCAGGGCUAUUCCGAUCAGGUCGAUGACCAGUUGGGUCGUCUGACCUUGAAUGAAGGGUUCAUUCUGGAACCUGGUCGAUUCGAUGAAGCCGGUGCUUGGUUGCAACAACCGAGAGUGAUUGACGAGGCAGGGUGCGAACAUGACAGGGAUGCAGACGGGCAGAGGAUCUGCGCUUGCUGCCCGUGGCACUGUAAAGCCUUGGCUGCACCAGCACUGCCUCCAAUUCCUGAGCCCGUCAAGGACAAUCCUAUAUACCGUGGAAGUGCCGAUUUGUUCAAGAAAGCUCACAAGGACUGGAGAAAAGGUAAUAAAGAAUGGGCCAAGGUAACUUGCGAUUGCGGGCACGGGUACUACUGUGAUGCUCAUGGACUAUGGGUACCGGGCGAUGCA